AGCUCGGCAGACCAGGGCGAACGCCACAUCGCCCGCUGUGAAACAAGAAACAGCCCUAAUUAAACUUCAUUUACAUUCGUGUUAGUAGAUGGAAGUGAGGUAGGCCUAAAGAAGAUAUCCGUCGGUAGUCGUCCAGGUGGCCUCGGAUGGAGUGAACAAAACCUUUGGGAUAAUGGAGGGAGGAGUUCACACAGGAAAAUGGAUCCCAAAAGCCUCUGCUGGCACCAUACUGCUCCUCAUGUGCAUGUUCAUCCCCACUUUGACAGCUUUGUUACAACUGUCAGAGGGGCUGAAGUGUCAAGAUGACGAGUAUCCUAACGAAGAAAAGGGAGUUUGUUGCAACAAAUGCCAUCCAGGUUUUAAGCUCGUAGGAAAGUGUCUUGAUAAGGACCAGAGGAGUAACUGCACCGCCUGUCCUAAAUCACAGUACAACGAAGAGAGGAACUACACCCCAAACUGCAGAACAUGCAAAAUCUGCAAAAAAUCAUGGCAUGAAGUAGAGGUAUCACCGUGUGACACAAAGCGCAACACUGUUUGCCGCUGUGAGGACGGUUAUUACAAAGAUGUAAUCGACUCAGAAACUUACCAGUGUAUCAAAUGUUCACAAUGUGGGCAUGGUGAGAAGGAAAAAGAGACAUGUACACUGGGGAGAAACACUAUGUGUGAAUGUACAGAGAACUACCACGAAGUCAAGAACAGGUGUGAACCCUGCAAGAAUUGUUCCACCGGGUGCCAACAUCUGUGUCCUUUUCUGACUACAAAACCUCCUGAGUCCGGGGAAGGAUAUCUUGUCAAAAUAUUAGGAGUAUUUUUUGCUGUUGCUAUGGUAAUGUCGGGGGUGUUGGUUGCCAUCACCUACAUUGCAACAAAACGGUCCACGAAGAACAAGUUGCUGAAGUCGUCCUCCGAAACAUCUGAUGACUCUCUGGACUCGUGUGAGAGCGGCCUGAUAUACAAAGAGCAGCAUUCUAACAGCAGUGUUGAGGCUGCCCCCCAAAGUCCUGUGAGGGAUCAGGAGAGGUCCGAUCUGCUGGGCAGCCCCCCUCUGGAAAUCAAGAUCCCUGACCUGAUCUACAUGGUGCUGGAUCUGGUUCCUGUGCUGAAGGUGAAGCAGCUGAUGCGCGCUCUUGGUGUAAGGGAUUCAGAGAUCGAACACGCGGAGCUGGAUUACAGAUCCUCCCGGGAGGCUCACUACCAGAUGCUGAGGGUGUGGGCUGAGAGAGGGUCCCGUGCAGGUGGCGGAGGAUGUGGGGGAAUGCUGCACAGAGCUCUGCUGCAGGAGUUGUUGGACAAACUGAGAGAGAUGAAUCUUGGACGGGCGGCAGAGGAGCUGGAAACAAAGUACGGCAUUCAGUGAUUCUGCGACGGGUGAAAAAGCUUAUGAAACCAAGUAUUGUUCUCUUCAGAGACUCUUAUACGGUGCUACAAUUAGAGCAGUCAUUUCACAGCAGCCAGCGUCACUGAGCACUCUACCUCUCCUCCUGCAAGUUACUCGCUAAGAUGCCACAUUCAAACUACUGAGAGUGACGAUCAAAUGGUUCAGGGAGGAGGGGUCACUGAAAAUGUGAUUUUGCACUGAUAUAUUCUGCUUAAAAUGUGUCAAGAGCUUUUAGCAUUUUGCAUGUUUCUAAGUGAUCUCGGAGGGAUAAUGAGACCUUCUGGGAACAAGGCUUUUUCUGAUUGUGAACAGAGCUAGAUGUUGUAACAUCAGCUGUAAAUUAAAUAAGCCAGUUAGCAAAGCUUAGGAUCAAGACUGGAAACAGGAGGAAACAGCUAGCCUGGCUCUCUCCUAAAGUAGAAAAACAACAACCUAUUGAUACGUGUUAACAUGUUUGAUCUGGUUUUGAACAGAUACAAAGUGUACUGGCCAAAAUGUGUAGUUUUACAUGGAGUUUCAUCCUGGAGCUGUGAGCUAUAGAUGUAAAAGUGGCCUGAGGAAGGAUCAAUGCGAUCUGUUUAGAGUUUCCAGUUUUUAAGCUAAGCUAGCUGAGCUAACAGACUCCAGCUUUGUAAUGCCAAAACAAAUAUGAGUUUGGAUUUAAAAUUGAACUUGUCUAGAAAAUUGCUGAUUAUAUUUCCAAAAAGGUCCAAUUGAAUCUUUAAAGCUGGUGAAA